AGCCUUUGUAUACACACAUAAAAAUAUAUAUUCACACCACACAACCAAAUAUACAUACAUAUAAGCACGAGUUCUUCCAAAAAGAGACAAAAGGGACUAAGGAAAAUAGAAACCUUUAUCUUUUAUAAAAAACAGAAAGGUUUCGUCCUUGUUAAAUCUUUAGCCUUACUGCACUCGCAGAAGAUCAUAGUUUCCUCUUAGGAUUCUUGUUCUUCACCACCUCUCUCUCUCUUCUUCUGCUUCUUCUUUUCUCAAAAAAAAGAAAAAAAAUAGUUCAGAGAUCCAAAGCAAAAGGAUUAGGGUUUUCGUGGUUCGUAUCUAAAUGGGUAAGUGCGGAAGGAGCAGCGACGGAGGGAUUAGUGGAGUUAGACCGUACGUUCGAUCUCCGGUUCCUCGCCUGAGAUGGACGCCGGAGCUUCACCGGAACUUUGUGCAUGCUGUUGAUUUGCUCGGCGGUCAAUACAAAGCAACUCCAAAACUUGUUCUUAAGAUAAUGGAUGUGAAGGGACUAACCAUUUCACACGUCAAGAGCCAUCUCCAGAUGUAUAGAGGAUCCAGACCCACUCUUCUUGGAAGACUAGAAGAGAGUUCUUCAUCAUCUUCAAGAAGAAGAAGAAGACAGGACAAUGGAGAUCAGCUUCAUGACAACUUGUCUGAACACGCAAGGAAUGAUUGUCUUUUUGGGUUUCACUCUUUUAGCUUCAGAGAGCAGACUUCAGGGACUGAUAAUGAUGACGAUGACUUUCUUAACAUCACGAAUAUGGCGAGAACGAAGACAUUUGCAGGCGAUGGCGAGUCCAUCAAAUUUCAGCCUCAUCACUUUCUCGAGGCUCAGAGCAUGAAGAGCAACAUGGAAAACGAACACGAAGAAGAAGAAGAAGAACUAUCGCUGUCUCUGUCGUUGAAUCUUCCUCCUAAUCAUGAACAACGUUGGAGAAGCAAUGCGUCAUCGUCACUUAGUGAAGCAAGCGAAGCACUCUCAUCUCCUUUCACCUCCAGGGAUUGUUUUGCUUCUUCGAAGAUUGAUCUCAAUCUUAAUCUCUCUUUUCCUUCUCUACUCCGUAGCUGAAGCUUCGUUCCUAUGUUUUAUAAUAAUAUUAGUUGGAGUUACCAUUCAAAUUUGUUUGAAAACCUUUUAAAAUAGGGAACGUAAUCUUGUAGCUAGAUUUCUAUUGUGGACGUGGUAUGUUUUUUUGGGUGUCUACUACAGUGUCACGGUCCUCGGAUUACAUUUGUUCUUGUAUGAGUGAAAGUUAACGUUUCAUCCGGUGAUUAGUAAGUAUAUGCGCGCCAA